GAAGAUGGGGGAUUUCUGCAGGAGGCUGUGGGUGCUCCAGGCCAACCUCUGGCUGAUGGCCGUGGCUGCAGGCUUGUCUGCAUGGGCUUGUCCUACACAGGCCCUUGUCCACUGUCUCAGGCCCCUUCUCCUGUCCUGCAGGUGGGAUCCCAACAGACGGGAACAGCACCAGUAACAGCACAGGCAGCAGGUGCUUCGGGAUGCAGCAGAACCCACGCUACAUGGCCGCCAAGAAGAACACGCGUGUCCACUUCGUCUGCUACACCAGUCAGCCCCACGCCAUGCAGUGGUACAAGGCACUGACGGAUGAAGAGAAGUUCCACCCGCUGGACCUGAGCUCCGACCGCUUCAGCAUCAAUAUUACACAUGACCGCAUCAACUUCACCAUCUUCAAGAUCAGCUACGAGGACAACGGCGUCUACGUGUGCGACAGCAAGAACCUCACGGAGGAGAGGAGGCAGCCGUACUUGUGCGGGACCGAGCUCAGAGUCAUGAGUAACAGAACCAUCGAGCAGACCCAGAGCAGGAACACGCUGAAGGACGCCAUCAUCAUCAUCCAGUCCAUCCUGCUGGUCAUCUUCAUCAGCGUCCCCAUGCUCCUCUUCCUAGAAAAGGGUGACGGAAAGGAAAGCCCUGAGGAAGACCACACCUAUGAGGGCCUGGAGGUGGAGCAGAUGGCCACCUAUGAGGACAUCACUCCUUUCCGGGACGUGAAGGCCAAAUGGACGGUUGGGGAGCACCCAGGAGAGGAGUGAGGGGUGCUGCACCCACCACCAGGACGGCACCGGCAGCACC